AUGUCAGCAAAAGGAAAAACUGGUCGCAAGAAGGCUGUUAAGGGAACCUCUAACUCUGCUAAGGCAGGACUUCAAUUCCCAGUAGGAAGAAUUGGAAGAUACUUAAAAAAAGGAAAAUAUGCGAAGAGAGUAGGAGCUGGAGCACCUGUCUAUCUGGCUGCCGUGCUAGAAUACUUGUGUGCAGAAAUUUUGGAGUUGGCUGGAAAUGCAGCGAGAGACAAUAAGAAGUCCAGAAUUACCCCAAGACACAUACAACUAGCUGUGAGAAAUGAUGAAGAAUUGAACAAAUUCUUGGCAGGCGUUACUUUUGCAUCCGGAGGAGUUUUGCCAAACAUCCACAAUGUGUUAUUACCAAAGAAAUCUCAACUUAAAUCAGGUGCCACUGCCAAUCAGGACUAUUAG